GCCAAUAUCAGUAUUUCAGUGCACUCGACACCGUACGGUACGGUACCGACAAAAUAGAUUGAUUUUUUGAAAGAAAGUUGAUUUCUCAUUGACGAUUUUAUCGACGUAACCAACAAUUCAAUAUGGCUUGGGUAAUACAAGUGAUUGGAUUAUCGAUGCUGAUGAUAAGCUCAUCAAUUCAAACAUCCACUCCUGAAUCCUCAACAUAUACUGCUGGUGUGGUCGAAUACCUUGUUGGUCAAGGGGCGCAACAAGUAACGAGUGCUGAAUUAUUUAAAAUCAAUGCAGACAAGUACAUCGAAAUUAUGAGCUCUGCAGAAGCAGCCAAUGUGGACAUAAUCGUGUUUCCUGAGUCGUGUUUAAAUUCUCGCCUAACUGCCGCUUUAGUUCCAACGGAAAAUGAAGAUGUCGACGUUUGUACGAAUGAAACCUACGAUCAAAACUUGAGAAACAUCGCAUGUGCUGCCAGAGAUCUGAGAAAGUAUGUCGUGAUCAAUUUAACAAUGAAACGAAAUUGCACGGAAGUCUACGAGGCGGAACACGAACAUGAUCACGAUGGUGAACACGAUUACGAAGCCGAGUGUCCCAAUGAAUGGCUUCUUUACAACACUAACGUCGUUUUUAAUCGGGAAGGAAAAGUUAUCUCAAUAUACCGGAAAUAUAACUUGUUCGGAGAGAGUGGAAUUUCGCAGUCUAGCACAGCUGAUAUGAGCACAUUUACAACCGACUUUGGUGUUACAUUCGGACACUUCAUUUGUUUCGAUCUAAUGUUCCAAGCUCCUGCUUUGAAUUUGGUGGCACAAGGAAUCAAAGACUUUGUGUUUCCAACAAUGUGGUUUUCUGAGCUACCAUUUUUAUCAGCUGUUCAAAUUCAACAAAAUUGGGCCCAUUCAAAUGACGCAAACUUCCUAGGAGCUGGAGCCAAUAAUCCACAGGUGGGCAGUGCUGGAUCCGGAAUUUAUUCCGGUAAAUCCGGUGCACUAAUUUCAACAAUGACUGGCGAGAGAACUACCAGGCUUCUUGUGCACGAGGUGCCAAAAGUACCGGGAAAUCCAGUGACUCAAUCAGCUGUACCGUAUUCCGGAUCCAAUUUUGACGAUCUCAAAUUGAAACGAGAUCAGUUAGACGUUUACAGUUUUCAAGACCUGAAGGUGCCCGACUCCACCAAUACACCAUUGCACGAAUCUUUUACACUUUGUCAUACUUCGGAGGAAAAUGGCCAAGAUUUGUGCUGUGACUUUGAGAUAUCUACAUCCUGGCGAUCGGUUCCGGAGAAUUCGGUCUACUAUGAAUACAAAGCUGCUGUGUUCAUGGGCAAUAGAACUUUUGAUGGUAAAGCCGAUGGUAAUAUGACUGCCUGUGCCAUUCUAGCUUGUAAAAAUAACAGUAUCGCUUCAUGUGGAAUAAGAUAUCGUGUUAACGAAACAACUGACGGUGCAGUUCAGAGUGAAUUUACUUUCGAGAAAAUUAUUAUCAAAGGAAACUUCCCCAAAGUAAACGUCUUUACUCUACCCAAUUCAUUAAACUUUAACAUAUCGCCAUACCCAACGUCUGACUUUACAUACGUGGAAGACACAAAUGCUAGAUCGUCAAACAAAGAAAUCACCAUGUCCUUGCUUACACCGAAAACCGAUUUGUUAACAUUUGCAAUUUAUGGCAGAGAUUUUCGUUCAAAUGGCAAUAAAAUAACUUCAGCAGCCAUUGCGAUGAUACUGACUGCAACUCUUUCCAAAUUUUUGAUUUGAUGAUGUGGAAAAAUGAUGAAUACCCCGAGUCAGAUGAUAAAAUUUAAAUUUUGUGUUUCGUCAA